AUGCCGAGAAGAAGAGACUCCUCGAUUCAAAGAGAAACAUGGUGGCGGACAACACUGAAAGAAACUCCAAACCCAGGUACCUACACAGUACGAGACUUUAUUCAAGAAUCCCUCUCAAACCCGGUGCACAAUACAUACAAUUUUAAAGGCCAAGGUAGAAACAAAAUGUGUUUGGUGGAACCGAAAAGGGACAUGACGCUGCCCGAUAUACCCAAGUACCUGCCUCCAAACUUUGUGGAUCUCAUCAAAAAGCAGAUGGCUUCUUACUCCUUCAAAGAUACUCCAAGGCAAACCCCCAACAAACUGUGUCUCAAAGAUGAGACAAUUGAUAUUGCACCAGGGCAAUAUAAUAUUGGUCCAGCACCAGUUCCCAAAUUCCUUGCCAGGAACUAUGUAUUCCGUUCUACUGUUGAAAGGUUUCCAACAUAUUAUUUUAUUCCUAAAGAAGGACCAGGACCAGGUCACUAUGAUAUCAAAGUAUCCGAGUCACAUCCUAUUACUUCCUGUUUCCAAUCCAAAGUGCCUAGAUUCGUGCCACUUCGUUCAAAAACACCAGGCCCAGGAACUUACACAGGGACCAAAGAAAAGUCCACGCAGUCACGAAUUAUUGCCAAGUUGGGCCGAGAACAUAGCCUUUUCUUCAACAAUACAAUUGGUUUUUGA